AGUCGAAGAGUUCGCGCGUACUACGGCAUCAUUCUGAAUCGUUUCUUCUUUUCCGUUUAUUUCGUGAUUCGAGGGUGGUGGAACGUAUAUACAUGUUUUUAUAAAAUGUUGCUGUUCGCUUGGAUGCUCUGCAUUUUUAUCAUUGGAAGUCGGGCAGCGGCGAACAACGGAUUUAAAAGUUACCCAACAACCGUGAAGACUUUUGAAAAUGACACGGUUUUGCUUCCGUGCUACGUCGAGGAUCACGACAACGUGCAAACGACGGUGAGGUGGUGGAGGGACGGCUUCCUUUUGGCUGACAGCGGUGAACCACGACACGUACCACCUGAAAGAGUUAGAAUGUACUCAAACAGGAGCUUGGAGGUUUCCCAUGUGAAGCGAAAUGAUACCGGGGAGUAUGUGUGCCAAGCUUCGCGACCAGCUCCCUGGGGAUACGCGACGCAGGUACACGAGAUCGAAGUAAUGUUUGCACCCAGCGUCCAACCAGUGCCAGAAUCCGGUAAACUGGAAGUGAACUUAGGGGAGGAGGUGGACAUGGCUUGCGUGGCUAAAGGUGUUCCAGUCCCCAUCAUAUCCUGGAAGAAUAAGGACGGGGAGAUACCGUUUCUGUAUGAUAGAUCACGUCUGCGAUUCCACGCUGAGAGUCCCAGUAACGCUGGUCGCUAUACUUGUGUGGCGAACAAUGACGUCGGUGAAUCCGCUGUGGCCACCAUAGAUUUGUACGUCAGAUACAAGCCGAGGAUCGAGAUGACGAGGACCUGGGCGCACGCACCUCCUGGGAUACGCGUACAGCUGCAUUGCGAGGUGACUGCCUGGCCAGAAGCAACGGUGGAAUGGUACUUCAACAACAAAAGCGUGAAGUAUUCGUCGAGGAUAGUGAAGCACAACGCAGGGAGUGAUCACAGUUUGGUGAUAAGGAACGUCAGAACGACGGAUUAUGGUUUCUACCUAUGCAGGGCUUCUAAUUCCUUGGGGAUCACCGAAGCGGCGGUCGAAUUAUCAGGCAUAGCGAAUCCUGCCGUCUUGAAGAAGACCUCUCACAGUCUUUCGAAGACCUCGUACAAUUUCGUCUGGGAGGUCUACAGUUACAGUCCCAUCGUUCAAUAUGAGUUCAGGUUUCGUAAAUACGUGAACGGUGUUCCUGGUCCAUGGCACAAUUUGUACAUUCCUAGUGGCAAUGAUGGAAACAGUUUCAUACACACGUACUCGUUCAACUUGACGGGAUUAGAAGAAGCAACGCAUUACGAAGCGCUCGUUUUGUCGAAAAAUCGUCAUGGAUGGAGCAAACCGUCGGAUAUAAUACGAUUCGCCACGGAAGGUGCUCCGGACAGAGACAGCUACAUUACAAACGCGAUACAAGAGGAUAAAAUUGUACCAGUGGUGCAACUUGCAUCAAUGUCGCAACAUUCACCUUUAGGAACAGACAGAAGUGGAUCAUCUUCUAACGAAGCAAAGUUAAUGAUAGUUAUAGCAUUUAUGUCUGUAUUAUAUGUAUUUACUACAAAUUUUGAAAAUAUCUAAUACGUUUAAAGCAGUAGUUUUAGUUAAUAAGGAAAAAGAAACAAAGAAAACAUCAGUUGUAUCCUAUAUUAGGAUAAAUUCUCCUUAAGUGAGAUUAUUAAACUUUAAGAUUGUAAAUAAAUUUAAAUGUAUCUAUUGUAGUUCAUAUAUUAUACUUUAAAGUGCCUUGGUUUACAAAUAAAACGUUAAUUACAGUUAAA